AUGGAAAACAUAACGUCACAGCGAAAUCGUGAAAAGUUUUAUGAAAACGGAUUUUUGUACAUAUUUGACAAACUGUCUGCAGACGAAAAAACUGAGUUUUGGCGAUGCGAACAAAAACGGCAUUGUAAAGCGCGCGUGCAUAUAGUUAAUCACGAAGUCGUAAAAUCUAUCAAUAUGCAUAACCACGAACCAUCUGCAGCUAAAGUGGCAGCAGACAAAAUCGUAACCAAAAUUAAGAAAAGGGCUGUAGAAACACAAGAAUCGACGUGCCAAGUAAUCAACGAAUGUACCCAAAAUACUGAUAUCGCUUGUCAAGGAGCUCUUCCCAACCAGCAAGCUUUAAAGAAGUUAAUCAGGAGGAAACGCAAUGAAAUUAAUCAAGCUCCGUCAAAUCCUACAACUCUGGCUGAUCUUGAAAUUCGUGAAUGUUAA